CCCAAAGUAUACUUGUUACCCAAAGAAGAAAAGUAAACUUGUUGUGGACUCACCGGACUAGCAGAAUCCACAUAUCAAUUGACGAAUCUAAUACGCAUCCCGCACUUUCCUCCCUUAUUCUCAAAACAAGAAAAGAGAAAUUGAUGACAUUGACACCCACUAUUCCAACAUCAUAAAAAGAAAAAAGCCCCAAUCUUGAUCCCAAUUUUCUCAAAAUUGGACUAAUUCAACAAAAGGGGUUCCAAAUUUGAGGUUUUGGGGGUUCAUAAAACCUACAUAUACAUAUACCCAAAGGUGACAUUGACACCCAAGAUUCCAAAAAUCCAAUCUUGAUCCCAAUUUUCUCUAAUUUGGGCUAAUUCAUCAAAAUUUUGAUAGUUAAAUAGAGAUGUUAUCAGAUCAUAUUCAAAAUGGGGUGGAAACGGCAAAGCUGAUGUGGUCAAGGAUUCCAGCAACUGAGGAGGAAGAAGAAGAGGGACCAUCAUCAAGAAAGGGGGGAAAUGGGAGCACAAGUGUUGUGGAAAGUCUUGAUUAUGAAGUUGUUGAAAAUUAUGCUUAUAGAGAAGAACAGGCUAAAAGAGGAAAGCUUUAUAUGGGAUAUGCUGUUGUGGUGAAGUGGUUCUUGGCGUUACUAAUUGGAAUUGUUCCUGUUUAUUUGCUCUCAGGCACAGGACUUGCUGCUGUUUUCAUUAAUCUUUCUGUUGAAAAUUUUGCGGGAUGGAAGUUCUCAUUGACAUUUCAAAUUAUUCAGAAGUCAUACUUUGCUGGAUUUCUGGUGUAUAUUUUGAUCAACCUGGUUCUAGUAUUAUCUUCUGUAUAUAUUAUCACACACUUCGCACCAGCAGCAUCAGGAUCAGGAAUUCCUGAAAUAAAGGGUUAUCUAAAUGGAAUUGACACACAUGGUAUCCUUCUUUUCAGAACUUUGAUUGGAAAGAUUUUUGGAAGCAUAGGUUCAGUGGGAGGUGGUCUUGCUCUUGGCAAAGAAGGGCCGCUUGUACAUAUUGGUGCUUGUAUUGCUUCAUUGCUUGGACAAGGUGGAUCCACAAAAUAUCACCUGCGGUCAAGGUGGCUCCAAGUUUUUAGCAGUGAACGGGAUCGUCGUGAUUUGGUGACUUGUGGAUGUGCAGCUGGAGUUGCUGCUGCUUUUAGAGCUCCAGUAGGUGGUGUAUUAUUUGCUCUUGAAGAGGUCACGUCUUGGUGGAGGAGUCAACUAAUGUGGCGGGUCUUCUUUACCUCUGCAAUUGUAGCUGUCGUCGUCCGUACAGCAAUGGGAUGGUGUAAAGAUGAAAAGUGUGGUCAUUUUGGAGCUGGAGGCUUCAUUAUAUGGGAUGUCUCUGGUGGUCAAGAGGACUACUCAUUUGAGGAGCUGUUGCCCAUGGCAGUUAUUGGAGUUAUAGGAGGUCUUCUUGGAGCGUUAUUCAAUCAGCUUACUCUCUAUGUAACACACUGGCGUAGAAAUUAUUUGCACAAGAAAGGGAUUCGUGUGAAAAUUAUUGAAGCUUGUAUCAUCUCUGUGAUAACCUCGGCUAUUUCAUUCGGAUUGCCACUUUUUAGAAGAUGUACUCCGUGCCCUGAAGCCGAUGCUAACUCGGGCAUUGAAUGUCCGCAAGCACCGGGAAUGUUUGGCAAUUAUGUUAAUUUUUACUGUCGGAACGACAAGGAGUACAAUGACCUCGCAACCAUAUUUUUCAACACUCAGGAUGACGCUAUAAGAAAUUUAUUCAGUGCAAAGACAGCUCAUGAAUUCAGUGCCCAAAGCCUACUGACAUUUUUGGUUAUGUUUUAUUCCUUGGCAGUAGUGACCUUUGGAACUGCAGUUCCAGCAGGUCAGUUUGUGCCUGGUAUCAUGAUAGGAUCUACUUAUGGACGUCUUGUUGGCAUGUUUGUGGUUAGCUUUUAUAGGAAGCUGAACAUUGAAGAGGGGACGUAUGCUCUUCUAGGUGCUGCAUCUUUUCUUGGAGGCUCUAUGCGUAUGACUGUAUCUCUCUGUGUCAUCAUGGUCGAGAUUACAAAUAAUUUAAAGCUUUUACCUCUAAUAAUGUUGGUUCUUCUCAUCUCAAAGGCUGUUGGUGAUGCUUUUAAUGAAGGAUUAUAUGAAGAACAGGCUAGAUUAAGGGCAAUCCCAUUACUUGAAUCUAGACCAAAGUACCAAAUGCGCUAUAUGACGGCAAAGGAGGCAUGUGGGAAUCAAAAUGUUGUAUACUUCCCUCGGGUUGUGAAGGUUGCAGAUGUAGUUUCUAUUUUGAGGAGCAAUGAUCACAAUGGUUUCCCUGUUAUUGAACACACAAGAAAUGGGGAGACACUUGUUAUUGGACUUAUACUAAGAAGUCAUUUAUUGGUGCUUCUACAAUCAAAAGUUGAUUUUCAGCAUAGCCCUUUACCCUCUGAUUCAAGAGGUGAUCUUCUGCCAAUCAGGCACAACCUUAGUGAAUUUGUGAAACCUGUUUCUAGUAAAGGGAUAUCUCUCCAUGAUAUCCAUUUCACUCCAGAUGAUCUGGAGAUGUACAUUGAUCUUGCCCCAUUUUUAAACCCAUCUCCGUACGUUGUCCCAGAAGACAUGUCAUUAACCAAGGUAUAUAAUCUUUUUCGUCAACUAGGACUGAGGCAUGCACUUGUUGUUCCCCGUCCUGCUCGUGUUAUUGGCAUGAUCACUCGAAAAGAUCUGAUACUCGAGGAUAAUGAUGAUUCAGCGGCCGUAGAGCUCCAAUCAACUAGUGUAAGAGGUACACAAGCUAACCAUAGGGGGACCAAGAGGAAUGGAACCGCUCAGCAGCCGCUUCUUGAUGGUCUUCUUUAAAAUAGAAUCCCAGUGAUUUGCCGCUGUUUUUGCCGCGAAGAGUAGUUUCCAGCCUCCUCUCUCAAGAUUUGGUUACAGUAGAUCUGAUUCUAUCUCACUUCAUAAUCUGUUAUUAGAUUCUAGGAAAUGUAUAGUGUAUUCAUUUCCCCUUAAGAGUGAUGGGGUUAUAGCAACAGAUCAAUUUUUUUGUAUGUCUUGCAAGUUGUGUAUGAGAAAUUAAUUGAAAAGCUGUGCUCCUUUUCAUUGAAUAUAUUUGUAGCAAUAGUUGGAGUUUGGAAGAAAGCUGAUACAGUUCCACAUA